AAGAGGGAAAUCCCCCCUCUUAAGUUAAGAGAAAGCAAAACCAAUUGCAUUCUGACGUGAAGGAAAAUAAUAAUAACAAAAUUUUUGCUGUUUAUCCGUUUGUGGCGCAUCUCAAAAUGGUUCGGCACAGGGAACACCAGGAGAAUGUGCGCCUAGUGAGAUUGGUGAAGGCAAAUCCCUGCCUAUAUGACUUUGGGAUGUCAGAAUACUCAGACCGAGAGCAUAUUGAGAAGGUCUGGAAGAAAAUUGCUGAAGAAAUGGGCGACAAUCCUCAAAAUAUUCGGGACAAGUGGCGGAAUCUGCGGACAGUAUUCCUGCGAAAGCUGAAAGCAGAACAGAAUGGGCAGAAGCUGAAAUGCAGAUACUAUCUCAUGGAUGAGAUGAAGUUCAUCAUGCCGUUCGUCAAGAUGACAGUCCCGUACCAGCUUACGGCGAAAAAUGCCCUGGAGGAGGAGGAGAACACAUCGACGAAGAAUACAGAUGAAGAUGAGGAUUCACCUGGUGGUGGCGGGAAGCGUAGGAUUCUGCGUGGGAGGCGCGUGAAGCCAGAUCCGGUGGAAGAACAGCGAGAUUGUGAGGAGUAUGAAGUUGUGCUGGAUGAUUCCUUCACCCAGGCCACUUCAGCGGGAGACACGGAGAAGAAACGCCUGAUCCGGAGUCUCAUUCAGGAGAUAGAUACAGACAAUGAGACCUAUUCCAUCAACUACGGCGAAGUGAAGACCCAAAAGAGGAAAUACUCAGCAUCUGAGACGGACAAUCCCCGGAAGAUGUUUCUCCUGAGCCUUCUGCCCGAGAUGGAACAGAUGACGGACAAACAAAUGAGUGGAUUCAGACGCAAAGUUCUCGCCCUCCUAGAUGACAUUCUCUACGGAGAUGAGUAGCUCAUGGCAGGUAAAAAAAAAAUUCCUGGAUUUAAUUUCUAAGUUUUAAAUCUCGAUUUAAUUUAAUGUAGAAUCAAAAAAAAAUACCAAUACAAAAGAAAA